ACAGGAAGAAGCAAGGCAAAUCGCUUGCGAUUUUAGCUGCAGUGGGAGCCUUGGCCACCCCAGGGAACUUCCAGGUGCCAAGAUGUUCUUUACCUGUGGCCCCAAUGAGGCCAUGGUUGUCUCAGGUUUCUGCCGCAGUCCUCCGGUCAUGAUCGCUGGAGGCCGGGUGUUUGUGAUGCCAUGUAUCCAGCAGAUUCAGAGGAUUUCACUGAAUACUCUGACUCUCAAUGUGAAAAGUGAAAAAGUUUACACCCGGCACGGUGUCCCCAUCUCUGUCACCGGCAUUGCCCAGGUGAAGAUCCAGGGACAGAACAAGGAGAUGCUGUCUGCCGCUUGCCAAAUGUUCCUGGGCAAGACAGAGUCUGAGAUUGCCCAGAUUGCCCUCGAGACACUGGAAGGACAUCAGAGAGCCAUCAUGGCUCAUAUGACGGUAGAGGAGAUUUACAAGGACCGGCAGAAGUUCUCGGAGCAAGUCUUCAAAGUAGCUUCGUCUGAUCUGGUCAACAUGGGGAUCAGUGUGGUCAGCUACACCCUCAAAGACAUCCAUGAUGAUCAGGAUUAUCUUCACUCUCUGGGAAAAGCCCGAACUGCCCAGGUGCAGAAGGAUGCCCGGAUUGGAGAAGCUGAAGCCAAGAGAGAUGCUGGCAUCAAGGAAGCUAAGGCCAAGCAAGAGAAGUUGUCUGCUCAGUACUUGAAUGAAAUUGAAAUGGCCAAGGCCCAGCGAGAUUACGAGUUGAAGAAAGCGACCUAUGAUAUCGAGGUGAACACGAGGAAAGCCGAAUCUGACUUGGCGUAUCAGCUCCAGGUAGCCAAGACGAAGCAGAAGAUCGAGGAGCAGAAGAUGCAGGUGCUGGUGGUGGAGCGGACCCAGCAGAUUCAAUUGCAGGAGCAAGAGAUCAUUCGUAAGGAACGGGAGUUGGAGGCCAGGGUCAAGAAACCCGCUGAAGCAGAGCGCUUCCGGCUGGAGAAACUGGCAGAAGCUGAACGGUCCCAGCUGAUCAUGCAGGCCGAGGCGGAGGCGGAAGCAGUCAGGGUGAAGGGUGAAGCUCGGGCUUAUGCCAUCGAGGCCAAAGCCCGGGCUGAUGCUGAGCAGAUGGCCAAGAAGGCAGAGGCCUUUCAGCAGUACCAGGAGGCAGCCAUGGUUGACAUGCUUCUGGAGAAGAUUCCAGAGGUGGCUGAAGAGAUCAGCAAGCCCUUGACCUCGGUGAAGAAGAUCACGAUGGUGUCCAGUGGGACUGGAGACGUGGGGGCUGCCAAGAUCACGGGGGAGGUCCUAGAAAUCAUGAACAAACUGCCCGACACCGUGGAGAAACUCACCGGCAUUAGCAUUUCUCAGCAGAUAAACCAGAAGAAGCCAGGACGAAUGAACUAAAUGCUGAAGAUUUGGGGAAUGUGGGUGGGAUCCUUCUUGAGCAUGAAGUCCCGUGAUCCCGGUCUAUAUGUGUUUGAUGUAGAGAUCUACCCUAUCAAGAGACCCCCCACCCCACCCCCCCAAAGAUCGCCAGACCUUUAAGGACUGAAUUGUUGCAUGUUGGCCAACACUCUUCAGCACUACUGAGGUCUUGUGCACCCGUCGUGUCCCUGUGACACCCCAGUGUGUACCUUAGACUGUCCCAACGUCCACUGCAUCAUAUAAAGCAUGGUUCCGUCGAUCUCUUUCCUGCCAAGUCUGCCCGACGUGUAACCACAUUUUACUCAAGUCCAGUUCUUGCUCCCUCGGCAGGCCACUCCUGGCCACUAUAUACGUCUUAAAAGUUGCAUCUCUUCGAAGAUCUAAGAAAGGAACUGCUUCUAGUAGUAUUGGGAAGGCAACAAGAAUGUAGUUUGGAUGAUGGUGAAAAGUGGAGGCUUAUUCUUUGAAGUUAGUUGCUGGACUCUUUGCUACAAGGUUUUGUAAGUGCUGGGAGUUGACGAAGGAUUGCGGGGGGGGGGGGGGGGUUCCCAGGGCACUGUUAAAAUGUAUGAAGAAGUUCUAGGGGGCCAUUUUUUCAUUACUGACUCAUCCUGAUUUUUUUUAAAAAAAGGUGCAAGGACUUCUGAAACUAGAAUCACUGCAAACCGCCUAUCUUUUCCCACGUACACACUCCUGUGCCAAUUCAACCUCUCCUUUUGUGCCAUAAAUUUUGAGCGCUGUGCCCUGCUAAGACGCUUCACUUGGCAAAACAGAUUUUCUUGCCCUUGUUGCCAUUCCUGGAUUUUCCCUUCCUCCCAGCAAGCUCUCUCUUUAAGGAGUGUGUGUUUACAGAGACUUCUCUGCACCUAAACCCAGAAGUGUAGGAAAUCAGCAAGGCAGAACUAAGCAAAAGGGCCUGUUCCACACGAUCUGUUGUGUUGUAUACAGGAGGGGGGGGGUCACUGUGGGAGGGGAAUUCUGGUAGAUAUGCAUUGCAGAGGCAGAGAGGUAUGCAGGUUAUGUUUUUGUUUCAUUUAACAGUCAGUGCCUGGAUGUGCCUUAUAUCUGCUUAAUUUCUGGAACAAUCGUGCACCACUACCAUUCCCGUGCCUGGGGGUGGGGGGAACAUGAGCUUUUUAAGAAGUGGAAUAUACAAUCAAGAGAAGCAGAUGGAAUAAUCUCAGGGGAGUGUACCAUUUCUGAUUGAGAGGGGGAGGGCUCCCGUGGGGAUAUGAGUGUGCUGUCCAUGGCAAACAAGCACUGGUCUUGGUUUAGCCUUUCCCUCUAAUUUUCUGCAUGGAAGUGGUUUAAAGUGGGGAGAGCAUUACAACAGAUAACCCCUCUCACUUGCAAAACAAAACUGGAACUCUGCACUUGGCUGUGGGUAGUCUCCCCUACCUUCAUUUGACAUCAGUUGGAAAUGGGGGAAAGCAGGGCUUUUUUUCAGCUGGAACGUGGUGGAACGGAGUUCUGGAACCUCUUGAAAAUAGUCACAUGGCUGGUGGCCCCGCCCCCUGAUCUCCCAACAGAGGGGAGUUGAGAGGUGCGGAGGGCAAUUUAAACUCCCCUCUGUCGAGAGAUCAGGGGGCGGGGCCACGAGCCAUGUGACUAUUUUCUCCGAGGGCAACCCACUGAGUUCCACCACCUGUUUUCCCAGAAAAAAAGCCCUGGGGGAAAGUAUUAGAACCACCUCUGCUGUCUGACUGCAGGAACACUGCAUUUAUGUAGAGCGUUGUGCCCUACCAAGUCAGGCUGUCGUGAGUCGCCCUUUGGCCUCUCAAUCUAACUAGUGAGUGGCCAGGGCACACUCUUUUGUCUUCUGCUGCUGUGUCCCUAAGCUUGACCCCCCGCUAGACACUGUUUAAACAAAGCACGCUUGGUCUGUUUGCAGUCGCUAUGUUAGGGACCCGGAGUGGUAUCUUGUAACUGUGAUGGGGAGGGUGGGGGAGAACGUGAAAUGUUUGUAUCACGCCUUUGCCCUGCUUACUAUGUUGUGAAGCCUCAGCACGGUGCCUUGUCUGACCUUUACCAAAGGGGGAGGAUUUGCCCCCCUCCGCCAUUCUGCCGCUGAAGUGCUCAGCUAAUAAUAAAGCCCAACAUUAUUGCC